AUGGCCCAACUCAAUCAGUCUGUCGCUUUUGUCGCUGCGAUGAGUAAGUUUGGUGAGAAAGACAAAACUAAUUUGAUCGAUUUUGGAGAAAACAGCUUGAAGGGUGGAUACAAAGUGGAGCUGGAUGAAGGUGAUGUUAAGGUAAGUCGAAUAUCUAGUGAUUUUAUAGUAGGUCUUCUUUGAAAUUUGAAUUUUUUAUCACCAAAGAAAGUACCCGACCUGCCCCGCUCUGAUUGACUUCAAACUUUUUAUCUAUAAAGAUCAUGUAAAUAUAAGCCCUUCAGCAAACUACUGACUCUCUCUUUCCAGUCAAUCUCGAGAAAAUCGAAAUCAAAAUUAAGUUUUGAAUUUCCCGUCAAAUUGGCAUUGUGUUUCAAGCUUAUAACCUUGUCAUUUUUUGACUUUUAAUCAUUUUUCUUUGAUAUUCUAGUAGAAAACAUUUGCAUGAACCUAAAUUUUGUAAUUUGUAAAAAUAAUUUGUUUAGAAAGUAGAAAAAAGUGCUUGAAGCACAAUGCCAAAUUAGCCAUAUCAGCGGAAAAUUCAAAUAUUUAAAUAUUAAAACUCAAAAGCGCAAGCUAAAAUUUUUUAUGGACACUAUUAUACAAAUGAUUAAUAUAAAAUUUUAAGCAGGUUGUCAGUGAAGCAGGCUGUUUACUUCCCUAGUUAAUUUAAAAAAAAAUAAUUUUUAACCAAGUCUUAGACGUAUUUUACUAUACUUAAGCCCAAAUUAAACUUUUUUUAAUUUAAGACCCCCUCCACAACAGUAUGUAUUGAUGACAUUUCUUUUUCGACUGGUAAAUACGAAGUUAGGUUGUUCGACAAAAUAAGAUACGACGCUGCUCACAAACUUCUAAAACAUGUUCGUAUCCUUUUGGUCGUACUGUACUUGACGUUUAUGGUAUACUUGUUGUUAUUUGGAGAGAUGGCAUUCUUUCUUUUUUCAUUUUUUAUUGCUGCUAUUGUUGUCGCCGGUUAUUUGUCUGUUCAUUGA